AUGGUGCUCGCCCCAGAUCUGUUUCUCGACUACUUGAACCGUCGGUACGGGGACCCGAACGCAAAGGCACGAGCACUGGAUCGACUUCGAUCGUUGAAGCAGAAGCCUGAUGAGAGUUUCGCCAGUUUCUUCCCAAAGUUCGAGAAAGAGCUUGCCGAUAGUGGCGGUGGCGAGUGGGCCGACGUGGUGCAAAUCAAUUACUUGGAAGGAGCAAUUAAUAAUAGGCUCAAGUCGAGUCUCGUCAGUGCCGUCAGUCUCCCGAAGGAUUUCAACAGCUACGCCGAGCUACUCUUGACGAUUGGCUCGCGCCUAGAUAGCCUCAAUUUCCACCAACGACAACAAGGCCGCGAGCAGAGGUCAAGAAAGGAGUAUGGUCGUUUAUCCGAACCGCUCGAGUCCCGACAAAAGCCCCCGUCACCCGGAUCGCCAACCACGUCGAGGGCCCCGGAGGAAAAGCAAUUUGUUCCGUUGGAGGAGCGCAAAUGUUACGAGUGCGGGAAGCUUGGCCAUCUUGCGGCCAAGUGUCCCGGGAAGGAGCGGCGGCAGCAGAGAGUCAAGGAGCGCGCAAAGGCUGAGGCGGAAUGGGCAACUCAGAAGGACGAGAUGGACUGUGAAGGCCUCUACGUAAAUUUCGGUAUCAAUCGAGAGUAUUUCACCACGGCCUUCGUUGACUGUGGUUGCCUGUGUUAUGGGACCAUCAGUGAGCGCCUUGCCCGCAAGCUUCACCUGCCGCGUAUUCCGAUUAAACCUCGAGCGUUGGAGCAGGUCAACACAUUCUCACCCGAGGCCAUCUGUGCCGUGACCUACUUCGACUUCGAUAUCGACGGGUACCAGAAGAAAAGAGCUUUUUUCUACGUUGUGCGAGACCAGACCGAUCCUGUGAUUCUGGGCAAGAAGUGGUUGAACCAGGAGGAUGUCACCUUGCGAUUAUCGCAGAACCUCUUGCAUAUCGGGACGCACGACCAUUGGGUGAAAGGCCGAGACCCGAAGGAGGAGGAACGGUGCAACAUACGAGGACAGGCGGCGUUCGUGUUCGCCGGAAUGGUUCGCCGAGCAAGAAAGUUCAAGCAUCGAGACGAUGGAGUGCGGAUCUUCGCCGCAAGCCUGAAAGACAUUGAGAAGGCAUUGACUCCGAGGAAGAAGUCAGACCCGAGAGAAGCUGCCCGUCACUACCACGAGUACCUAUCCGUCUUCGACCGCGACCAAGCGGACCAACUCCCACCGCGUCGUCCGGGUAAAGAACCGCCGUGGGGACCAUUGUACGGCAUGUCACGAGAAGAGCUCAUUGUUCUGCGAAAGACUCUCACUGAGCUACUCGACAAGGGUUUCAUUCGAGCAAGUAGUUCUCCAGCGUCAGCACCAGUUUUGUUCAAAGACCGAUAUCCCUUGCCGUUGAUCGAGGAAACUUUGCGGUCGCUGUCCAAGGCCAAGUGGCUCACCAAACUUGACGUUAUCGCAGCAUUUCACAAGAUUCGCGUCGAGGAGGGAGACGAGUGGAAGACAGCAUUCAGAACACGUUACGGACUCUACGAAUGGCUUCGUUACAUAAACCACACGUUGCGAGAUUUCCUCGACGAGUUCUGUUCCGCUUACAUUGACGACAUCUUGAUCUACUCGAGCGAUGCAGGCCUGCAGAUUGAUAUCGACAAGUGUGACUUUGAGGCAAAGAGUGUCAAGUACCUGGGCUUCAUCGUCGAAGCCGGGAAAGGUAUCCGCGUGGACCCGGAGAAGGUAUUCUCCAACAUCGCCGCGCCUCUAACGGCGUUAACAAAGAAGGAUGCGGUGUUUGCGUGGUCGAAGGAGUGCGACAAGGCCUUCGAGGAGUUGAAGGCUCUUCUGACCAGUGCGCCGGUCCUUGCGCAAUGGGAUCCGGAUAGAGAGACGAUUGUGGAGACGGAUUCAUCCGAAAACGCACCGGCGGAGUGCAACUACCCAAUCCACGAUAAAGAGCUGCUGGCGAUCAUUCGCUGCCUUGAGCAUUGGGACGCCGAAUUGAGGAGUGUGAAGUCCUUUACCGUUUUGACGGAUCAUCUCAACCUCCGUUACUUCACCAAGAAGCAGCAACUGAGUGAACGUCAGGCGCGAUGGGCUGAGACGCUAUCGCGGUACAGCUUCACCAUCAAGCAUCGACCGGGCAAAGAAGCCGUCGUACCGGACACGCUGUCUCGACGAGAACAGGACAUGCCGCACAGCGCCGAAGAUGAUCGGUUGCAAGGACGACGUGUUCAGCUGCUGCAACGUAACAAGGGUGGCCUGGUGACAAAAGUCAAGAGCGGUUAUGUCACCAAGGGCGACACGGAUCAACCCGAUGACGCAACAACUGACCAAGACGACUCAAUCGAAAACCCUUUCUCGGACCCGGAACUGCAGAAGUUAUGGGACGAAGGUGUCAAGAAGCACAAUCGUUAUUGGCUCAUCCGAAAGGCCGUACAGCAAGGCGAGAGGCGUCUGCCGUCGCAUUGGGGACUGCCCGUGAUGCUCUCGGAAUGCUCGAUUGACGAUGGACAGCGGCUCUGCUGGCGAGAGCGAAUUUGGGUGCCGAACCACGAACCCCUGCGACACCCCGGACGGGACAUGCUGAAGUCCUUGUUGAGCCGCAAGUUUUAUUGGCCAGGCCUCGAUUCAGACCCGCUACCUAUUCCAGACAGGAUCUGGUCGGAGCUGUCAAUUGACUUUGUGACAGACCUGCCACCAACCAAGUCGAACGGUUCGACCAACCUUAUGGUCGUGACGGACAGACUGUCCAAAAGUGUCGUUCUUGAGUCAUUGAAGGACAUCACGGCCGAGACGACGGCCAGAGCAUUGCUACGGAACGUGGUGCAACACCAUGGCGUGCCGCGCGCGAUCGAUAACUGGGAAGAGCUGUUGCCAGCGGCCAUGAUGGCCAUCAACAAUCACAACUCGACGUCGACAGGCCUGAGCCCGUUCUUUAUCACGCAUGGGUAUCAUGUUGACCCGAUACAAGUCAAGGAGAAGUUACGGACGGACGGAAGGUCCCCAGUGACCAGGGCUGAAAGCAUUGUGCAACGAUUUCGAGAGGCAACGGAAUGGGCCCAGGCGGCAAUUGCGUCAGCGCAAGAGCAGCAAGAGAAGAACGCCAAUUCGCGAAGACAGCCGUCAGACCAGUUCAAGCCUGGAGACAAGGUAUGGCUGCGACUUCGCAACAUCCGAUCCAAUCGGCCAUCCAAGAAGCUCGAUUGGCUGUCGGCCAAGUACACCGUCCUGGAGACCAUUGGGUCACACGCGUGCAGGCUGGACACGCCUCCGGGAAUACACAACGUGUUCCACACGUCGGAUGACUACCGCCCACCGGCCAUUUUGACGGACGAUGGCGAGCUGUGGGAAGUGGAAGAGAUUCUGGACAGGAAGAAAGUCGGGAGAGAGUGGAAAGUACACAAUAGCACUGGCUAG